AGAGAGAGAGAGAGAGAGAGAGAGAGAGAGAGAGAGAGAGAGAGAGAGAGAGAGAGAGAGAGAGAUUAAAUAUAUAAAAAAUAAGUUCGUUCUGCAAAUCCUCUGUACAUCAUUCAGAAAAACAGGAGAAAAUGGUAAACGGCAGGUUGUAAAUAUCGGUGUAUUUAAUCAAAGAAAAGAAGACAUUUUUGUUGAGGUGUUUUGUAUUUCCAAAAGAGGUGGUGAAAAUGUCUAGGAAAGGUAUGUAUACGUUAAGAGAAGAUAAACAAGAGUUAACGAAGCAAAUAGGAUGCAUGAAUGGGAUUUUUCAGCUUUUUGAUCGACGUUAUCUACUUGGCCAAAAGAAGCUACCUCAAGGUGGCAAAAACGAGAUCAACAAUGAAUCAGAGAAACCAAAGGAGAAAAUGUCAAAUGAGAAACACAGAGUAUCUACUGAAUCAUCAAGAAACUCGGUUUCUUCUUCUACUUCAUCAUUAGAUUGUAGUAAAAGACUUCAAACAGAACCCUCUUCAUUUUGUCCAAGCAUCAUGUCUGAACCCUUGCCUCCAACUGUCACUAAAGAUGAUAUCAAGAACGUAGUCAAGGAUUCAAUGACUCGAAAGCCUCGAGUAGUGUCGGUAAAAACUGUCGCGAAAGAUGAACGAAAAGGUCCCAUAAUGACACAUAUUGAUUCCCCAAGACCUGUUUUAUAUGAAAGAAAAGAUCAAAAUCUUGAUAAGCUUAAAGAAAUUUCAAAGGGUGUUAAGGAGAUUUCAAGGUUUUCAUGUGAUGGAAGAGAAUCAAUUUACAAGCUAAAAUCCGUCGCUAAUAUUAAAGAGAUUCCGAGGUUAUCUUUAGAUAGCAAACAAAGUUCUAUCAAGAAUUACAAGAAUACCCACGAAGUAUUAGUAACAAACAAGCGACCACCUUCAAGUGUUGUCGCAAGGUUGAUGGGUUUAGAAGCUUUGAAUGACGUCAUCAAUGGAGGUGAGAGUUUAAAGACAAAACCAUGUUUAGAUGACACUAAAACAUCGGUUUCUCAUUCAAGAUUAUCAAGCAACAAAAUGGCAAUGACAUCACCUCGAAUUCCACUAGAACCAGCUCCAUGGGGAACCCAGAAACAAGCGACUCAUAAGAAAGCUUCUAGAGUUGACCAUGGCUGCCAUUCGGUUUAUGGUCAAAUCCAAAAAAGAAUGAAUGAAGUUGAGUUUAAAAGUUCGGGAAAAGAUCUGAGAGCUCUAAAGCAGAUUCUUGAAGCGAUAGAGAGGACAAAUAUGAAGUUGGAGAAAACGAAGAUCCAGAAAAUAGUUCCACAAGAUUCAAUGGUGAUUACAAGUCUUCCAAACGUCAAGAAAGUCAACCUUAUAGAUAAUAAACGAUGUGUAAAAAACUUAACUCCUAUUGAAACAAAAGCUAAAAAACCGGUGUCACCUUCAAGAAACUCGGGAAAUGUAAGCCCGAGAUUGCAAAGAUCAAAGAAUGGAGUCGAAAAGCAACCGGUUCGUGGGAAUAGAAAGCAAUCGAAAGGGCAAUUGAGUAAUUUUAGCAGUCAUGUAAGAAGUUUAAGUCAACAAAGUGACACCGUUUCAUUCCCUUCGGAGAGUGAUACAAGUGUAGCUUCACAGAAUGAGUCAGAGGUUACAAGCAACGAUUCAAGUCAAGGGAACAAGAAUAAAUUUGCGGAAAGAUUAAUCGAGUAUAAGACAAUGGCUGAACAACCGAGUCCUGUUUCGGUUCUUGAUGCGUUUUACACAGAAGAAACAAUGUCUCCAAUGAAAAAGAAAUCGUAUACAUAUAAAGAUGAUGAGGAUUUGCACUUUGAUGAACAAGAAUGGAGUCAAGUGGGAAUAGAUAACUUGGUCGAACUAAAUCAGUCCCCUUCAAGGGCAACUUGA